CCCUGAAUUUGGGUCUCAAUCCCGCCCUCUUUCCUAGUACUUCCUGUUCCCGCUAACCCUGGCAUGGGGCCCGGGGCCGAAGAGUGACCGUGGCCUGAGUGACCCGGGGCGUCCGCACCGACCAGGGUCGGGCCGGGAAGCCAGACCCCAGACGCUCCGGGCGGUGCUCGGGCCGUGCACAGCCUGCGCCCGGUCCAGUUUGGCAGCGGGCCGGGGCUGACUCCUGUCUCAGGAUGCCGGGGGAGGAGGAGAAGCGGGCCUUCCUGGAGGCCCGCGAGGAGCUGGCGAGCGCCCUGAGGAGGGAUUCCGGGCAGGCCUUUACACAGGAGCAGCUCUGGCCGCUACUGGGCACCUCUCUGCCGCCAGAAGCCCGUUACCUGCAGCUGGAUGCUGCACGCCUGGUCCGCUGCAACGCUCAUGGGGAGCCCCGAAACUACCUCAACACUCUCUCCACGGCCCUGAAUAUCCUGGAGAAAUAUGGCCGCAACCUCCUAAGCUCUCAGAGGCCUCGGUACUGGCGCGGGGUCAAGUUUAAUAACCCUGUCUUUCGUUCUACGGUGGAUGCUGUGCAGGGGGGCCGGGAUGUUCUGCGAUUGUAUGGCUACACAGAGGAGCAGCCAGAUGGGUUGAGCUUCCCUGAAAGGCAGGAGGAGCCGGAUCAGCGGCAAGUUGCUACAGUCACACUGGAAGUACUGCUGCUUCGGACAGAGCUCAAUCUGUUGUUACAGAAUGCUCAUCCAAAACCGCAAGCACUGGAGCAGCUGCUGAAAGACAAGGUUGAAGAUGAUCUACUGCAGCUCUCAGAGUUUGCCCCCUUACUGAGAGAGAUUGCUCCAGGCCCCCUCACCAUACCCUCUGCUGCAGGCUCCACUCCUGCUCCCUGCUUCCUCUGUGGUUCUGCCCCAGGCACGCUCCACUGCUCAGCCUGUAAACAGGCCUUGUGUCUAACUUGUGAUCGCCUCUUCCACGGACACCCAGAACGUGCACAUCACCAUCGCCAGACCCUGCAUGGAGCCCCUCAGGCCGUCCACCCCAGCCUACCUGCCUCAGCUCCACCACGGCCUCAGCCAGCCUCCGGGCCGACCCUGGGAGACAGCUCUUUUUCUCCCCCCGAUCCUGCAAGUGCCCGUCUGCUCUGGCCCUGUUCUGCCUGUGCCCUAUUAAAUGAACCUUGGGCAGUACUUUGUGCGGCCUGUGAUCGGCCCCGAGGCUGUAAGGGUUUGGGUCCGGGAAUCGAGGGUCCGCAAGGAACUGGGGGCCUGGAACCUGAGCUUUCUCGGGGUCACUGGGCCUGCCAGAGCUGCACCUUUGAGAACGAGGCUGCGGCCGUGCUGUGUGCCAUAUGUGAGCGACCUCGGCUGGCUCAGCCUCCCAGCUUGGUGGUGGAUUCUCAGGAUUCCGGCAUUUGCCUGAAGCCCCUUCAGCAGGGGGAUACUAUGCUUUCCUCUAUCCAGACUCCUGUGUGGUACUGUCUUCACUGUACCUUCUGCAACUCAGGCCCUGGCUGGGUAUGUGCUAUGUGCAAUCGGACCAGCAGCCCCGUCCCAGUACAGCAGACCCCCCAGCCCCAUGCCAGCUCUUUGGAAGAGCGACACCCUGAACCAGGGCCUCCACGACCCCUCCAUGCCCCCGUGACUAGUUCCUGCGGGGACCUUGAGAAGCAGCGCCAAGACAAGAUGAGGGAAGAAGGACUCCAGCUGGUGAUCAAGAUCCGGGAAGGGGAAGCUGGAGGCGCCUGUCCAGAGGAGGUCUUCUCAGCUCUGCAGUACUCGGGCACCGAAGUGCCCCUGCAGUGGCUGCGCUCAGAGCUGCCGUACGUGCUGGAGAUGGUGGCUGAGCUGGCUGGACAGCGGGACCCGGGGCUGGGUGCCUUUUCCUGUCAGGAGGCCCGGAAGGCCUGGCUGGAUCGUCAUGGCAACCUGGAUGAAGCUGUGGAAGAGUGUGUGAGGACCCGGCGGAGGAAGGUGCAGGAGCUCCGGUCCCUGGGCUUUGAGCCUGAGGAAGGGUCUCUUCAAGCCUUAUUCCAACAUGGGGGUGAUGUGGCACGAGCCCUGACUGAGCUACAGCGCCAGCGCCUGGAGCCCUUCCAUCAGCGCCUCUGGGACAGUGGCCCUGAGCCCACCCCUUCCUGGGAUGGGCCAGAUAAGCAGAGCCUGGUCAGACGGCUUUUGGCAGUCCACUCACUCCCCAGCUGGGGCCGGGCAGAGCUGGCGCUGGCGCUGCUGCAGGAAACACCUAGGAACUAUGAGCUGGGGGACGUGGUGGAGGCUGUGAGGCAGAGCCAGGACCGGGCCUUCCUGCGCCGCUUGCUUGCCCAGGAGUGUGCCGUGUGCGGCUGGGCCCUGCCCCGCAACCGGAUGCAGUCCCUGACCUCCUGUGAGUGCACCAUCUGCCCCGACUGCUUCCGCCAGCACUUCACCAUCGCCUUGAAGGAGAAGCACAUCACAGAUAUGGCGUGCCCUGGAUGUGGCCGCCCCGACCUCACCGAUGACACCCAGCUGCUCGGCUACUUCUCCAUCCUCGACAUCCAGCUUCGAGAGAGCCUCGAGCCAGAUGCCUAUGCACUGUUCCACAAGAAGCUGACGGAGGGCGUGCUCAUGCGGGACCCCAAGUUCUUGUGGUGUGCCCAGUGUUCCUUUGGCUUCAUAUACGAGCGUGAGCAGCUGGAAGCAACAUGUCCCCAGUGUCAACAGACCUUCUGCGUGCGCUGUAAGCGCCAGUGGGAGGAGCAGCACCGAGGCCGGAGCUGUGAAGAUUUCCAGAACUGGAAACGCACCAAUGACCCAGAAUACCAAGCCCAGGGCUUGGCGAUGUACCUUCAGGAAAACGGUAUAGACUGCCCCAAGUGCAAGUUCUCGUACGCACUGGCCCGAGGAGGCUGCAUGCACUUUCACUGCACCCAGUGCCGCCACCAGUUCUGCAGUGGCUGCUACAGUGCCUUUUACGCCAAGAAUGGGUUCCUGAGAGGCCAGGACCCCAACAGUUUCCAACUGCCCCUCUUCCAUCUGGGUUUCCACCAGAAAUGUCCAGACCCUAACUGCAGGGUGAAGAAGUCCCUGCACGGCCACCACCCCCGAGACUGCCUCUUCUACCUGCGGGACUGGUCUGCUGUCCGGCUCCAAAAGCUACUUCAGGACAAUAAUGUCAUGUUCAACACAGAACCCCCAGUGGGGGCCCGGGCAGUGCCCGGAGGUGGCUGUCGAGUGAUGGAGCAGAAGGAAGUUCCCAACGGGUUCCGGGACGAAGCCUGUGGCAAGGAGACUCCCGCUGGCUAUGCUGGCCUCUGCCAGGCGCACUACAAAGAGUAUCUUGUGAGCCUCAUCAACGCCCAUUCACUGGACCCAGCCACCCUGUAUGAAGUGGAGGAACUGGAGACAGCUGCCGAGCGCUACCUGCACGUGCGCCCCCAGGCACUGCCUGGGGAGGACGCCCCCACCUACCACGCCCGCCUGUUACAGAAGCUGAUAGAAGAGGUGCCCUUGGGACAGAGUAUCCCCCGCAGGAGGAAGUAGCUGAGGGCGAGGGUCCCAAAGAGGGGCCUGUGGCUCGACUCCCGCAGGAACAACUCCAGCACCAAUAAAGAGGCAUUUCCUUGCCCAGGC